AACGCCGGCAACGCCGCAGGUUGCAACGACUGCGGAAUUUCUACUUUCGUCGCGCUUUCAACGGAUCCGAGCCAGAAUGCUUUGGUCACCGAUUGCCAGCAAAUGAUCGCAAACAUCCAGGGCGAUCAGGAGUGGACUGUGAAUGCGAAUAAUAGGGUCAUAGUUUCUUACGGAUCUUGCUUCUUCAACGCCGUAGCACCAAACGGCGGCCAAGCAAACAUCGGCAACGGAGACGUGAUCGAUCUAGUCAACGACUCGAUCGAAAUGUUCGCGAAAAACGGCUACGUCAGUGUCAAAGGCGGAUAUUCUCAAACCGUGACUUCAGCGGGCACAAUGCCUUGCGAUAAUGCUGAAGUCGCGGGCGCUCAACAGGUUCAAAUCGAUUGGACUCUCACCAGCACG